GUGAAUUUUGGCUGUGUGUUUGGGCUGUGGAAGGAGAAUUAGAAACGAACACCCUAAAAUGUUGCGAUAUUAUUUCAAUUUAAUGGGGUCCCUUUGGGGACUAAUUGCUUUAUUUUGUAUGUUGAAUCACAGAGUUAUGUGCCAACUGGUAAUCAACGUGAAAAACGACGGUGGUGACCUUGUUCAAGAGAGUAUAAACGCUGAUGUCAAACGCGAUGUGAUUUAUUUGCAGUUUCAAAAGCUUGAUGGCACACUUGUGAAAAUGGUCAUUGAUUUCAAAUCGGAAGUACGCAUCUUUAAAACCAUUGUCUUAGGCGAGGAGGAGAGGCUAGAGAGUCAGUAUCACAUCAUGUGCUUUGUGACCAAAUUCAGCAAGUCAGAAUUCAUCUCAUCGGAUGCCAUGUCUAAACUGAGACAGAAAAAUCCCGGAACCAUCCGCAACCCGGAGGAGGACAAAGGCAGGGAAUCUUUGACCUUUGACAUGUCCGUCAGCCUGGAACGAUCGGCCAGGAUCAGCCCUCAUAUCUACAACACAUGCAUGGAAGCAAAGGAGAGAGUGUACACUCGUACAGCAGACAUCAAAGGAUGGUCAAAAGGAAACAGAGCAUCUCUUCUCUUCCCUAAAUGGGCUCACACUGUCAAGGGCUCCAAUUUGACGUACACAGCUCUCAUGAAUGCUGUACAGCCGCUACCGAUCUCUAGCAAUGAGAAACAAUGCAGUGGGGUACCAGAAGUUCAGCUGCCGUGCUCCUGCCAGCUGGAAGUGUGCAUCGGCUGGUACCCGUGCGGCCUGAAGUACUGCCGCGGGAGAGAUUCGGCAGGCAACGUCGUCAGCUACAGGUGCGGCAUAAAGACUUGUAAGCGGUGCCAUGCGUUCAACUAUCAUGUUGACCAAAAGCAGCAUUGUUUGUGGGACGAUGCGUGGAAGAGUUCGUUACCAGGAGCUGAUGUGGACUAAAACUCAUUUGGACCUACAGUAUUCUGCUGAUUGGUCUAGGUCUGUGGGACCUAUUGUGUUGGGUGUACUAUUAUUAAACUCUUUUGGACCUACUGUAUUCUGGUGGGUGGACUAAAUGUACCUGGACCUAUGCAACCUGAGCAACGGCAUAUUGGAUCAGUCCAGCUCAGGCACACGGUAUUGAACUUACUGCUCUACUUAAAUUUAGAGGCCUGUAUUGUGAUGAGAAUGCUGAUUGGACUUACUCUGUGGAAUCUAUUCUAGAUCAUGGACUAUGUUAGACCUAUUGUGUUGGAUAGUUUGGACCAAAUGCAACCUGACUCAUUGGAAUUUACAAUUUACCUUAUUCCCCAUUUACUUACACUCAUAGGCCUGUAUUCAUUGUGAACUCUAGUUUAAGUAGGACGCGGUGUACAUGUAUGUCAGGCUAAAAUUAUGGGAAACCAGAAGUAUCGAAUCUUAAUAUUGUGUUUGCAGAAAAUGUAAUAGAGAUAUGUGCCUCAUUUGGCUUUACAUAGGUAAACUUCAUGUACAGUUUAAAGUAAAGUUAACAAAACAACAACAAAAAACACGAACUAGAGUUCAGAAUACAAGCCGCACAGAUUAAUCUUCAUGGCACCUCUUUUACUUUGGCGUACAUGUACUAUGUUCGUGGACUAAAUGUUGUACUUUUAAAAGAGGUGUUCUGAAAAUGUUUUUGUGGUUAUGCUACUUAAAGUAAAACAAGUGUGUUCUUCAGUCCUUGAUUGGAAGUAGUAGGAACAAUGACAUCUUUAAGUCUUCUGUAUAGCAAAGAACAUGUACAUGUAUUAUUGGUAGGUACACACCAG